CAGUCCGCGCCGGUAAACCAUCGUGUGCACCGAAAUAUUUCACUACGCAGACUGAACCGACUACAUUUAACCCAAUUUAUGUGUAAUUAUUAAAGUCUUACUUGACGCGAUCCGAACAAGACUUUGGCUAAAAUAUGGAUGACGAAGAAGAAACCUACAGACUAUGGAAAAUUCGCAAGACCAUCAUGCAGCUGUGUCAUGACAGAGGCUACCUGGUGACCCAGGACGAAUUGGAUCAGACUCUAGACGACUUCAAGAGUCAGUUCGGAGACAAACCUAGUGAAAGUCGACCCAGACGCACGGAUCUUACAGUGUUGGUGGCACACAAUGAUGACCCCACUGACCAGAUGUUUGUUUUCUUCCCUGAGGAGACCAAGGUGGGCAUCAAGACCAUCAAAAUGUACUGUCAGCGGAUGCAGGAAGAGAACAUCACAAGAGCAAUCAUUGUGGUCCAGAUGGGCAUGACGCCCUCAGCAAAACAGUCUUUAGUGGACAUGGCGCCCAAAUACAUCUUGGAGCAGUUUCUUCAGCAGGAGCUGCUCAUCAACAUAACAGAACACGAGCUUGUGCCAGAACACAUUGUUAUGACAAAAGAGGAAGUGACAGAGCUUCUGGCCAGAUAUAAACUGAAGGAGAGUCAGCUUCCAAGGAUCCAGGCCGGAGACCCCGUGGCUCGUUAUUUUGGCUUAAAGAGAGGACAGGUGGUCAAGAUCAUCAGACCGAGUGAGACAGCUGGACGAUAUAUCACCUACAGACUAGUGCAGUGACAGCUACCAAGAUGCCACAAUAGAAGGAUCGUUCCAGCCAUUCAUCAUCCCCGGAUUCCUGUUUUAAUUGCUCCUUUUUUUGCUUCUGAUUUUGUAAAAUAAAAAUAUAUUGAAAA